AUGAAGUUGAUCGUUCUUGUGUUAGCAGUAAGCUGCAUGGCAAGCUUCGGCGCCGCCGAAACUGCGCCAAAGUAUGGUGCCAAGCCGCCCCCGUAUAAGCCCAGUGUGCCGGAUGUUCCGGCGCCGGGCGGCAGUGAUAUCGAUAAAUGCGGAUGCCACCAGAUCGUGGGCAAGCUGAAGAAGGUCGAGUCGAACCUGCUGAAGCUCAUCCUGAACCUGCGCAACAAGUAUGGUGCCGUGUACAGCGAGCUGCUGGACAUGAAGAAACAGGUCAAGGGAGUGACGUGGUACGUAGGACAAACCGCAGCCACUUCGCAGAGCAUCAACGACCAGUUGUCGAUUGCGUCGUCUAACUUGGCUCAAAUCAUGUACUCGAUCAGAGAGCUUACCAUCAACCAGCAGAGCCUGGUGACCAAGACCUUCCUGACGGAGUCCAUUCUGGACCUGGAAGGACGCCAGGGUGAGUCCGGUGGAGUCACUCCACCAGCGCCCGAAGGAGACAUCAUCUACACGUCUUGUGACGAUCCGCGUAUCACCGAGACCGGCACCUACCUCGUGCAGGACUCCUUCGAUGUGCCCACGAAGCUUAUUUGCGUGCUGGAGUUCGGACCAGGAGCGUACACCGUGGUCCAGAACCGUCAGGACGGCUCCACCGAUUUCUACCGCGGUUACAACGACUACAAGGCCGGUUUCGGUGAAUUCGACGGCGGCGACUACUGGCUUGGUCUGGACCGCAUCCAUAACAUCACCGCCUCGGGUGACUACGAGCUGUUCGUCCUGCUGGAGGACUUUGAGAAGAACAUCUCGUACGCUCGCUACGACUCCUUCGCUAUCGGUUCUGGUAGCGACUUCUACCCAAUCCUGAAGCUGGAAGGUUUCUCUGGCCCAGCCGGUGACUCGUUCGGCGUGGUUGGUGGUGUGCUGUUCAGUACCUAUGAUCUGGAUCUGGACAACAGCGAGAGCAACUGUGCCGUUACCAACCGCGGUGGCUGGUGGUACACGGAAUGCGGUGACAGCAACCUGAACGGCCUGUACCUUAAGGGACUGACCGGUGGCACCACCGGCAUGUCGUGGAGCACGUUCCGCGGAGCGAACUACAGUCUGAAGAAGAGUCGCAUGAUGGUCAAGCGCAAGGUCCCAGUAGAGCCGCCGACGACUCUGCCGCCAGUAACUGAUGGACCAACAACUGUCCCGCCUGCAACUGACACGCCAGCAACUGACCCGCCAGCAACUGAUCCGCCUACCACACCACCGGUUACACCGGUAUAA